UUUUCCACCUUGUGCUGAAAAAACCAAAACUUGACUGCUAAUUUGUGUCCUCAAUAACAUGUGCAUUCUGCAUAAUGUGCCAGAGGUAUUUCCCCCAGUCUUCGGUGAUUUGAUAAGAAAAUUGGCAGUAAAACAAACUCUGGUCUGUCCUGAACUGAAUUUUACAGCCUCCUUUUUUCCAUAUACUAACCACAAAACAAAGGUGACAGACAUGUUGGCACGGACAUCGCACAAACAGUAGAUCCUUUGACAGCAGGUGCAUCACUGAGUUAAUCAUUUGAGUUCAUGUAAACAUAAGUAAAACAUUAAAUAGUAGUGAUAAAAAGUGAAAUGUUUAUAGCCCCAAUAAUAAUGAUAUUAGUUAUAUACACAAAAAGUAAAACAUUGGAAUUUGCAGCAGGGAUCGAUGUACACCAAUGACAGUGUUAAUGAAUCGUUUUGUGGCCUAAAUCACAUAAAAUCCCUUUAUAUUAGAGGAAGAUUUGUAAACAUCACAACACAAUUUCAAGUUAAACAACGAGUCAUUUUCAUGCUUUAUUUCAUGCAACGCUACUUUUGUGGGGGACAAAAGAUUACUGUCAAACAGAUUCCUUCCAUAAAAUAACCAAAAUUUUAUUUUUACAUUUUUAAACGGAUGUAUUUGUUUAACGUGAUAUAAAACAACAAAAAAGGCUGAAAAUCAGACCUAUGAUCCCGGAACCGAUCAUAUUUGAAAUAGUCACACGGACCGAAUUUUCAGCGUACGAUAGGCGUGGCUUAUGCUAGAUUGACAAGCGUUGAACAAACGGGAGAGCUUAAUCUGCUGUCGUUAGGAGAAACGGUAACCAAUCGGAAUCAAGAGUGGGAGGAGCUACUUAAAUGUGACUGAAAGAUGGGAAGGACAAAUCACGAGCGGGAUGAGUUUGUAAAUUACGAACAUUAUACUUUAAUAUAACAGAAGAUAAGACGCAAAUGAUUGAAUGUUCGGAUUUGGCAGCUAACAUUAGCUUCACAGACACUCCGACGUUAACUGAAAAGAAGCAAAGUGGAAAUAAUGUGUUGGGUGUCAGUCUGUAUGAGAAGCAGCAAAUAAAUGAAACGUUUGGUGUCUCAUAAUCAUGCUGCCGCUGCGGUCCGUGUGUGGUGGGAUAUGGAGAGCUGCUGUGCACACAGUCAGGACGAGCCGUGGAGCUCCACCCUACAGGCUCCUCUCCUCUACCUGUGAUGGAGCCCCGGCUGCACUGGCUGAUGCUGACACCAUCUUUGCGCUGUCGUCCGGGCACGGCAGGUGUGGGGUGGCAGUGGUACGUGUCAGUGGUCCCGCCUCAGCUACGGCCCUGAGGUGUAUGGCUGGGUUCACGCAGCGUCUGCCCCCUCCACGCACCGCCCUGUUACGCAGCAUCACAGACCCCCGCUCCACAGAAGUGCUGGACCGUGGGCUCGUCCUGUGGUUCCCAGCUCCUCGUAGUUUCUCCGGAGAAGAUAGUGUGGAGUUCCAUAUCCACGGAGGUCCCGCAGUCAUUACUGCUGUCUUACAGGCUCUUGGAAGCGUGCCUGGCUUGAGGCCGGCCGAAGCGGGGGAGUUCACGCGGAGAGCUUUUCAAGCAGGGAAACUCGGUUUAACGGAGGUGGAGGGGCUUGGGGAUCUGAUCCACGCAGAGACAGAGGCCCAGAGGAGGCAGGCUCUUAGACAGAUGUCAGGCGAACUGGGACGCCUGUAUCAGGACUGGAGCGACAGACUGAAACGGUGUCUGGCCCACGUCGAGGCCUUCAUAGACUUCAGCGAGGAUGAGCUCAUUGAGGACGGGGUCUUGAACCGAGUGGAUGUGUCAGUACGUGAUCUGCAAGCGGAGAUUGAGCGACACCUGAAGGACGAGAGACGGGGCGAGCGGCUUCGCGGCGGGGUCCAGGUGGUGAUCGCGGGAGCUACUAAUGCGGGAAAAAGUAGCCUUCUUAACAAACUCUGUCAGAGACCUGCAGCCAUUGUGUCUCCCAUUGCCGGCACCACCAGAGAUGUGGUGGAGACGGCUCUGGACCUCGGUGGGUUCCCCGUCCUCCUGAGUGACACAGCUGGCCUCAGAGACAGCUCGGACCUGGUGGAGAGAGAGGGCGUCCGCCGCGCUCUGGAAAGGGUGGAGCAGGCGGAUCUGACGCUGGUGGUCGUGGACUCGGCUCAUCUCCCCUCUGAGGUAGACCGAGCCGCGGCGUUCCUUCGGGAACACCUGAGCAGUGUGCUGCCUGACACAGGCAGGUGUCUCCUGGUGUUGAAUAAGGCCGACCUGCUGCCUGAGAAGCAGAGACAAAAGCUGGACAUGGAGCUGAGAGGUGUCUCUGGUCUCCCUGCUGUCUGUCUGAUCUCCUGCCAGACUAACGAGGGACUGAAGGACUUCCUCACAGUGCUGCACAGCAGUGUCAAGACUCUGUGUGGCGACCCUCUGUUCGGUGCCCCCACCCUGACACAGGCUCGCCACAGGGCCCACCUGCAGCGCUGUGCGGCGGCUCUGGCUCAGUAUCAGCGGUACCGUGACACUGACCUCGCUCUGGCAGCCGAAGGUGUCCGUGUAGCUGUCACCAGCCUGGGCCGGAUCACUGGACGGGUCGGGGCAGAGGAGAUCCUGGACAUCAUCUUCAAAGACUUCUGCAUUGGAAAAUAAAUGAGUGAAAAACUGACAGAUAUGCGAUCGCCGGCUGCUCUGAGAGGAAAACUGCAUUCCUGCAGUCUCACGGUGUCAGAAAACAGGAGUGAAAGGACACAGCUGGGCGCUGGGCCAGGCGUCGACACACAGUCGCAGCUGAAAGAAAAAACUCUGUGUUCUUGGCCGCCGAACGCGUGCGCUCCCAGGACGCUAAAAUGUUUUCUGUUGAUGCUUUUUAUCAGGCCGAAAUAGUUUGAGCAUGAUGACAGGUGCCUCAAAGGCCCAAUAUACCGAACAAGUGUUUGGCAAGCCUUGAGUCGUCGUUUGAAAAUAGAUGUCGAAAGCCUUUGAUAGGUGAAGAUUGGCCUCCUGGGCUGCAACAUAACAGCCCAGAUCUUUUAAAAUAUAACCUGCAAGGUCAUGGACUGAAAGUUUGGAUGUUUACUUGUGCUGCAGGAAAAUGACUUAUUUUUUUACUUUGCACCUUUUAUCACAUUUAUUUAUUUUCCAAAAAAUAACUAAUAAUAAUCAGAAUGAUUGUAUCGGUUUGUUACAUGUUGCUGUCUUAUGUUACUUUGGACCCUUAAAUAAAUGAGAUCGUGUGUAUUUUUGUAACAAAUAAAAAUUCUCUUUAAAGAAAACAAACAUA